UAUAACUUUCUCAAUUCAGCGGACCAAACCGAAUGCAAGCAGCAGAAACACGGCCGUCCCAAUGCUAGCAGUGAAGAGGAACUCAAGAACUGACAGACGGAAGCGAGUAACGAUCGUGGUGAAGCCGCCCUUUACUCUGCCGAAGAAGCAACAGAGGUAUACUCGUUCCGGGAAGGAAGUGAGGAGACUUGACCAGGAUGAAUGUACGUCACACAGAGCUGAGGCAACAGGCUCCAAGAUGGGUAGUUUGGAAGAGAAAAGAGAAGUACACAGGGUACACGAGAGACAGCGCCAUCGGAGCCUGAAUGAAGCCAUGAAGGAACUGGUCAAGAUUCUACCCCCCGGCAAUCCUUUCAGAAGUGUGACAAAGUACAAUGUUCUCAGGACGGCAAACGACUACAUUGAUUUUCUACAACAUAAAAUAACUCAUCUCUGCCUGGAGCGUAGCAUUGAACAAAAUACCCAGGACGGUAGGAUCAGCUUCAACAUACCCUUAAACACUGUGGUCGGCGGAGAACGACUGGAAAUUCCUGCUACCACUCCAGUCAGCCCCAAAAUGCUGCAGACUGUCCACAAGGCAGCCAAAGACCUGUCCACAGAUCUGAUAGCUAGGAGAGGGCCAACUGAAUCCGACGGUAGGACUCCCCCAAGGAGGUUCUCUCGAUCCAGACUCGCCAAGAAGUCUCCUCAGGCGACACCGAAGACUAGCAGUACCGCGACUCUGAGCACAAAUUCUGGAGCUGUGUAUAAGGGGAUACCGCAGAUGGCUUUUGAUAAACCCUCCCGUCCUCCAGAAAGGCUGAUGACUUGUACUACUCCGACGGACUCCGAUGACAGUGAGUUGGUUGUUGACGAAGCCCCUUCUCAGCCAGCAAGACUGACAGGACCAACUCGAACAGAUCCUGGUCAAGGUGACUUGGUUGUGGACGAAGCCGCUCCUCUAAAAGGAUCAGAUGCAUCAGCAGCAGUUGCCAGUCAACCUAAGGAGGUCCCAGAGCCAACGCGGGCAGUUGCUUAUGGCUCAGAUGAGCACGGAGAUCCCAAGAAAAACAGCAGGCCGAGAAAGGUGGGAUCGAGUCUCAGUUCUGCUUCCAACGUCAGGAAGGAACGAGUAAGGCUGUUGGAUCAUUACAUUCACGCUGAUGCCUCUCCUCAUGGGGAAUAUGCCCUCCCACCUGCAACACCGAAACCUCUCGAGGAGUGCCCUCCAAGCGUUUCAGCAUCAAGCGUGAUUCCUGUAGGCACGGCACCGAUCCAAUCCUGCAGUUUGCAGUACCAACUUCACUCAGAGCACUCUUACUCAGCCAAGUUCCUCCCGGCGUACGCUGCGUCCGGCGUCUUCAAUGACAACAAAUCACCGAAUAUCCCAGUUGCUGUUGCUUUUCCUAGUUCUCUGGAAUCUUCCCAGAUACUGCCGUCUGCAGCCUCAGAACCUGAGAUUGUGAUCGCCAGCGAGAGCAGGGUCAGUAGCUCCACCGACGUCUUCCCUUGCAUCUUGAGCUCUUCUCUGUACAUACAGCACCCAGUUUCGUUUCCUAUCAACAUGGUAUCUUGUGAGUCUACUAUUAUUCCAACUACACUUCCGCACCGUUCAGUGUCCAAAACAACCCGACCAAUUCCAACCACCGUGACUCCCUCGGCCUGCAAGAGCACGACUCGUUACGUCCCAAUCCAGCCAGCUACUGGCACCUCUAAUAUUGAUGCAGUGGCUAACACAUUGCUGCACUUGUAUGGGCAGUCUUCUUUAGUGAAGAACAAGCAGCCCCCAGUCACCGACCUCAGCGCCCAGAAGUUGGUGGUCGACCCACAUUUUCUGAAGUUGGAGGACUCGGACAGCCCUAUUGAGUUCGCAUGUGAUAGUGAUCAGCAGCACGCUGUUAUGACGCCAGCGGCCGUGUCAGGUUACUCAAUGCGUCGCUCAUGGAUUAAUGGCUACCAGCUUUUCACCAAAGUCAACCAUCCACAGUUUAGAGACAAGUGGCCAAGAUUGCAAGGAAGGGAGAUUACGAGACUAUUGAGCCAAACAUGGAAGGAACUGCCCACCGACUUCAGGAAACAGUACAGUUGCAGAGCCCGUCAGUGGAACCAGUGGCACAAACACAAAAGGGAGUCAGCGGCCAGCCAUGCCAGUGCAGAGUUACACUGAAUGAGUGCCAAUGUAUGCCAUUAAAGGGAAGAUACAACAUUUGCAAACAUCAAAAACGAAAUGAUCAAAUUAUCACGAAAUACCUUACUGGAUUAUUAGGGAUUCGUUCUAAAUCACCCUGUAAAAUCAUGGCUCCUGGUGUGCUGACAUUUUCAAGAAAAAUGGUAUUUUUCCAACGGCCGACCAGCGUUGGAGAAAAUUGGCUUUUUUUCAAAAACUGCUCUUAAUUUUUCAUAAUUA